CUUGUCCAUAAAUCAAAUCCAUCUCUUCAUAUCUCACUAUCACUCUCAAUCUAUCUUUCUCAAAAUCACUCUCUUUCAAAUCAAAUUCAGCUUCUAUAGAAAUGGAAAACAAUCUACAAGUAAUAUCAAAGAGAGUGUGGAAAAUGGUACGUGUUGUCUUCUUCAUGUUGAGAAAAGGAAUAUCAAAAGGCAAACUAAUCAUGAACCUAAACAUGAUGUUCAAACGCCGCAGCAAGCUGUCCGGAAAAGUUAUUGCCAAUCUAAUGUCCCACCAUCACCACCACGGCGGCUCCACCUCAAACCGCCACUCCCACGACUCACACCACCAAUUCACUUUCUCAAGGGAGUACGAAUUCAACUGUAGCAACACUCCCAACAACUUCUUCUCAAACGGGAAGCGUCACCAUAUCCACAACCAUAAAUACAAUGCUCAAGCGCCACUUGCAGAUGAUGAUGAGGUGAAGACUAUGAAUGCAAUGAAGGCAGUGUUUGAGAUGCUUAACAGUGAUAAAAAAAUUGUAGAAGAAUCUCAUACAGAGUCUGGAUUUGAGCACAGUCCAAUGUUUAGGCAAAUGAAGCUGAGUGACUCACCAUUCCCUUUAAGAGAUGAUGAUGAUGAUGAUGAGAAGGACAAUGAAGUUGAUAAGGCUGCAGAAGAUUUCAUAAAAAGGUUUUAUAGCCAGUUGUGGAAGCAAGAUUGAUAGAUUAAUUAAUUCAACCUAAACCUUGU